UCACAUAAGUUAAAAUGUUAUCAUACCUUAACAUAGUAAAUAAACAUAGGAACCACUAAAAUUAGUUAUUAGGAUGAUAUUUUCUUCACAUGAUAGCGGUCAUUCACAUGAUAACUAAAAUAAUGUAGACAAAAAAUAUUAAUUUCUUUGUUUGUCCAAAUAUGAUCGACAAGCUUAUUUCUUUGGGCAGGUGUUACUCUUAUUUGCUGUGAAUGUGCUAUCAUAGUAUAGGUUAAUGAACUGUUUUUUUAUAUACACAAACAUCAUUGAAAUCACCGAAUAACAAUUCUCAUUAAGCUUCUUGCGUCACACUCAACUAUUUAUUUGUGUGUAUACAGCCGUUACAGACGAGGUAUUCCCAUGUAGGGGUUCUUACCUGCACCCCUUUGUAACAGUCGGUCCCAAACAGCUGUUUAACAGUUCAAUUGUUAUUCAGUCUCUCGCUGGCGGUGCGGUGUGACAGAGUGAAAUGUUAACUAAUAACUCUCAUGUUAUGCUCACCAUGUGUCAAUAUUACGAUAUCCUUAAUGAACGAUUUACAACAGUGUUUUUGAUUAUGCUUACCACCUUUUUGACCAUUAACCAAAUGAAAACUAACUGUUUUUUAACAGCUGUGGACAAAUUCGUUAACUUUAACUACCCUGUCUUGUUAAAUAACUAUGGGUACCCACAGGUAUGUUGACUCUGUACCAUAAAGAAUGCAAAUAUAUUGUUGGGAAAUACAUGCAUGACUGUCUCUGCACACAUAAAAAGUAAACAUCGUACGUAUGUAAACAAUAGUUUGAUAUUUAUCAGUAGUUAAUUGUAUACAACACGGUAGUUUGCAAAUAACGUCUACUAUUCUGGUGAUGAAAAAUAUUUACCAGCCAAGUGAAAGUAGGAAACUACCAUGGAGUUGUUAACAUACACGAAUAUGCUUUGGCAACGGAUAACUGCGCGAUAUUACGUUGAGAAUGCAAGGUAUUUUUGUUUCUUCCGUUGCAUUCAAAACUCUCAGUAAACAGUAUUGUGACGACUGUAAAACUACCAAUUAUAACAUGAAUUGAAGUGCCUAAUUGAAAGCCUGAUCUGAAGGUCUGAUCUACGCUUUUUGUUUCGAGUCAAAACAAACAUGACGAAAUAUAGGAAUAAAUUAAGGUUUCCUAAUAAUAAAACAGAUCGCGAAUCAAGGCAGUUAAAUGUGUAAUGAUAAUGAUAAGCGUUAGACAACACGUAGGUCGGUCGUGCGUGUCACUUUAUCAUUCAUCUCGUCGCGGCAGUUGUACCCGCAUCCGUCCCAAUGAUCGUUCUCAACACAGAUAACACAUGCUGUAGUUAUUUAAUAUGCUUAUUUGAUGACGGUGUUUACAGUGAUAGACCUGACUACGGGAUAAUGCGUGUGAAGAUAGUACGAUUGCGUGCUAGGCGCGUGUGCGCACACAUUACUAAGACUCGUCCGUGUCGGUCGCGGGCACUGUCGGCAUUGUUCAGUGCUCGCAUGCGCUCCACUGACCUAAUUACCCACCACUUAUUAACAGAUCGGACUUGGCUCUGCUGCUCACAGUUCAGAGAAAGGUGUGCUUCUUUAACGAUGUCAAAAUGAAGCUCUAUUACAAAAACAAUCGUGCGAAAUUUAAUAAGUAUUACUUAGCAUGUUUACAUUGACGCGUAUUUAGCUCGAGAUGACGUUCGUGAACACAUUGUUAAAUUUGUUGCUCAAAUUUCAUAGUCUAAACUACAGUUUAAGAAAUAAUUUAUUCCUUUUAACUGUCAUAAUGAAUACAUUUUAUUAUUGAAUUCACUCUAAAAAAGAAAUGUGUUGACUAACCUCAAAAAAUUAUAAAAGAUAGACCAAUGUCACUGACCCUUGGCUACAAGCUUGCUAAUUGGUCAGCAAUAAUUAGCCUGUCUAGUUCACAUAGCUAUAUUCAAUUAUAAAAAGAAAAAUACGUAGUACCGUGUAAUGUGAAGAAAUGUGUUUGCGACGGGGCACCUCAGAGUGCGCGGGAGGGCGCUCCCACGGGUUGCCGAUAUUUUUAGUGCACGACGAUUACUUGGCACCGGCGGCCGCACUCGGUUGCGCUAGUGAUCUUUCUGAAAUUCGUUCGCGCUUAGGUACGCUCUCGAUCUCGAGAUAGAACCAGUCUCAUGUCCGGUGGCGAAGCAAACGCCGCGUAAACUAGAAAAUUCGUGGAGAUCUCAGUAUUUAGAUCGACCGAUUUAAAUGUGUAAAUAUGACGUUUCCGGAGUAUUAUGUGAUUUAUCCUGGCUAAAGUGUUUGUUAUUAAACUUUUAAAACCUAAGACAAAACAUAAAGUAUGGCUAGUUUAAGCACCGCUGCUAACGGCACGACGAGCCCGCGACGUCAGCGCUAUAACAGAUCGUCCACCACGAGCGUCACACAACUAUUAUCAGAUGGCUACUCCAGCUUCAUAAAUCGGCUUACCCGGCGAGGGCCCUCCGAGAAGACUGAAAUUGUUAGCGAAAAUAAGCUCUCUGCUCCGGUACGGUCGCGAUUUGACGACAAACUCAUUUCAAGUAAAAAUACCGCGUUAGCAAAUGCGCGAAGAUUCGAGAAUAAUAGUAAUAUCACAGCAUACACAUCCUUAACAUCCGGCCCGGCAGCGCGGAAGUUGAACGAUGACCGUAUGUACUCGAGUUACCUGGGCUCCGCAAAGACUCGCAUCGAUACAUCACCUUUACAUUCUACCUCCGCUAUUAGUGCUCUUGGGCGCAGUGACUCAUUUCGGAGAGCUCACCUAAAAGACAGUAAAUCAUCACCAUUUACUAAACGAUAUCCCCUUAAAGAACCAAAUAAUAAUAUUGAUAGCAUUUUAUUAGGUAGUACUCGUAGUCGGUUGGAAGAUAAAUAUUCCUCAGUCUUGGAUAGGAUAGCGAUACAGAAGAAAGAAAAAGCAAGAAUAGAAAAAGAGGAUCGUGACAAAACUUUAGAACCUGAGCAAUCUCUGUCUCGAGGACUUAUGAGAAGUUUAACGACAGCCGUAUUUGGUGAAAACUCCUUUAAACGAAACAAUUACUCUCGAGAGAAAACCAGAGACAAGACACCAUUUCGAAACACGGCAGACAGACGCUUGUCGUCUGGGCACAAAAAAAAAGAUGAAUACAAAAACGGAUUUGAUAUUCCGUUGAAAGACCGACCUUACUAUGGGAAGGACAGAGAUAGUGUAUAUCGAAGGCAUCAGAGGAGAUCUUUGAGGGCUGAGAAAAGUGAAAACAAUGAUCGAAAAGUAGGGAAACUAUCAUUACGUCCAGUCGAUAUAAACAUCCAUCCGGCAGCUCGUGAUUUAGUAUCUCCACUUCAACAGAAUAACAAAGAUGUGAAUAUUAAAUCAAAAGCCACUAAAACUCCAGCCGGCUCACCUUCAAGGGAAGUCGGACAGAAACAAAUAUAUUUUCCAUCAAGUGACGAAGACGAGGACAAAACUCCGGUCGGCGAUCGUAUUCUCAGCGAUCGGGAAACAAGGCGGAAAGAAAUCCAGGGUCUUAUAAUGAAAUAUGCUCACCUGGAUGAAGUGUACGGUCGUAUCGGUGACAAAGACAUCAAAGAAGCCACGAACGAUGCUAUAGCCACAAAAAAAGUGGAGCCUCUGGGUGUGGGCGACUUAGUGGUGCUUCCUCCCGAGCUGCGUAGCCGGCAGCGGCCCCAGCGACCGCGGCACCUGACACGGCACGCGGCCACGCCGCCUAGCUCCCGGGCACGCUCCUCCGUCAAGGACGACAAGGACGGACAUCUGGUCUACUGGCCCGGAUAUGUCAUGGGAGCGAGAUACAAAAUCAUCGACACGCUUGGUGAGGGUACCUUCGGCAAGGUGGUCGAAGUGAAGGAUUUAGAAUUAGAGCACAGAAUGGCACUGAAGAUUAUCAAGAAUGUUGAGAAAUACAGAGAGGCUGCUAAACUCGAGAUAAAUGUUUUAGAAAAGUUAGCUGAAGUCGACCCUGAUUGUAAAAACUUGUGUGUUAAGAUGUUGGACUGGUUCGAAUACCACGGGCACAUGUGCAUCGCAUUUGAAAUGCUCGGCCAGAGUGUAUUUGACUUCCUGAAGGACAAUAACUACCAGCCAUACCCGCUGGAGCAGGUGCGGCAUAUCGCCUACCAGCUCAUAUACAGUGUGCUGUUCCUCCAUGACAACAAGCUCACACACACAGAUCUCAAGCCAGAAAACAUAUUGUUUGUCGACAGUGAUUACGAAGUCGUCAGUGUAUACAAUGCAUCCAAAAAGAAACACGAUUUAAUGCGCGUUAAGCGGAGUGACGUGAGACUGAUUGACUUCGGUAGCGCGACGUUCGACCACGAGCACCACAGUACUAUCGUCUCCACCAGGCAUUACAGAGCGCCAGAGGUCAUACUAGAAUUAGGUUGGUCACAGCCAUGUGACGUGUGGUCCAUCGGUUGCAUCAUGUUCGAGCUGUACCUCGGCAUCACUCUUUUCCAAACACAUGACAACAGGGAACAUCUCGCCAUGAUGGAGAGGAUCUUAGGACCUAUACCUUACAGAAUGGCAAGGAAAACAAAAACGAAAUAUUUUUAUCACGGGAAGCUAGACUGGGAUGAAAAAUCGUCAGCUGGAAGAUAUGUCAGAGAAAACUGCAAACCACUGAUGAGGUACCUCCAGACUAACAGUGAAGAAUCGCGACAGUUGUUUGACCUCAUAGCGCGCAUGCUCGAGUACGAACCUGCUCAAAGAAUAACGUUACGGGAAGCGCUUAAACACCCCUUCUUCAACAAACUUCCACAAAACCAGAGGCUCGGCCCUGACCGCGCGCGCGUCGGCGGCGAGAGCUCGGGGUCGCGCGAGCGCUCGCACUCGCUCAGCAGGUGAGCGCGCCUGUACAGUUAUGAAGUGAUAAGUGAUCAUUAUUUUGUCGAACAUUGUAAUCUAGGUAAUAUUUUGUUGUGAAUCGGUACUUCUCAAUUUGUAUUUAUAAAGUAACUAUUAUUCAAAAUAAAGACUGUCAGUCUGAUUUUGUUUUUUAAUUUAAGAGUAUUUUAUUUAUCAUCAUGACCACAAACUUCCAAUAAAGAGUUCUUUUUUGUCUAUUUAGUGGUAAAAGAUUUGCUGAUUAAUUGUAUAUUUUUUAGGACAUAACUAAUAAAUAAUUGUAAUGUUAUUAUAAAAGUUGAAAUAAAAACCUAGUUUCUACCAAGACCCAACUUGUAGAUUAUCCUAUAAUACCGUAAAAUAGGGUGAAUAGAGCUCCAAGGGGUAAUAAAAAUAUAAUAGUGUGUUUCGGGAGUCGCAUGCUUAUACUAACAUCCAAACUCCGUUGAUACUUUAUUAUUUUAUUAAAUGCGUGAGAAUCUUCAUGUUAUUUUCGUUUGAAUCAUAAAAAAUCGAAAAGUUCAAUAAAGCUGUGAUUCUAUUCACUCUGUUUUACGCAACUUCAAUGUAAAAACCUAUUUGAGAGACAUAUUUCUAUCAGAGUUACUCUUCCUGUUGGAGCUGAUUUGUGAUUAAUCUAUGAUAAAUAAUAAAGAUCCUUACGAAGACUAGACAAAGAACAAAA